AUGGCACCAUCCACAGAGCACACCCCGUCGGCCCUGGCCAAGCCUGACCUCGAUGAGGUGGAAAAGGCAGACAAGUUCUACGAGGGCGAGGACGACGCCCUGGCCCCCACCGACGAAGAGAAGGCUGCCUACAUCCGCAAGCUCGACUGGCACCUGAUGCCCGUCAUCUUCGUCAUCUACAUGCUCUCCGUGCUGGACCGCUCCAACCUGGGCAACGCCCACCAGGCCGGUCUGGACGACGGCAUCGGCCUCGUCGGGAACCAGUACAACCUGCUCGGCACCAUCUUCUACAUCGGCUACAUCUGCUCCAUGUGGACCGUCACCGGCUGGAAACAGUUUCCCGCCCACAUCUGGGCCGCCUGUGUCGUCUUUGCCUGGUCCACCCUCUCCUCCCUCCAGUCCUCCGUCCACAACUUCUCCGGCCUUGCCGCCAUCCGCUUCUUCCUCGGCGUCUUCGAGGCCAUGUACGCCGGCGUGCCCGUCUACCUGUCCUUCUUUUACCCGCGCGACAAGGUCGGCUUCAGGCAGGGCAUCUUCAUCUCGGGAAGUGCCCUGGCAAACGCCUACGGUGGCGCCCUAGGCUACGCCAUCCUGCUCAUCAAAAGCAGCGUGCCCUCGUGGCGCAUUCUGUUCCUCAUCGAGGGCCUGCCCACCAUGCUUAUGACCAUCGUCGCCUUCUUCUUGCUCCCAGACAGCAUCCGCGAUGCCCGCUUCCUCACAGACCGGCAGAAGGAGGUCGCCUCGUACUGCGUCAACCAGGGCCAGGUCGCCGACACCGACGAGGGCCAGCACACUGGCCUGCGCGUCAAGGAGAUGCUCUCUGGCCUGAAGGACUGGCGCAGCUUUGUGACUGGAAUCAUUUACUUUGGCUGCAAUGUCUCCUUCGCAAGCCUUCCGCUCUUCGUCCCCAGCAUCAUUGCUGAGAUCGGCAUCUUCACCUCCAUCCAAGCCAACGGCCUGUCCGCCCCUCCUUACCUCUUUUGCUUCUUUGUCAUUCUGGCCGUCAACUUCACCGCCGACAAGCUUCGCCUCCGAGGCCCCUUUAUCAGCUUCUUCGGUCUCGUCGCCGCCGUGGGCUUCAUCCUGCUCGCUACGUCCAGGGAUCCGGUGGCGCGCUAUCUUGGCGUCUACCUCGCCAUCCUGAUCUUUGUCAGCGUCUCGCUGAUGAUGUCGUGGGUUUCCAACAUGCACAGCACCGAGAGCAAGCGUACAGGAGGCUGGGCCGUCUUCCAGACCUUGGGCCAGUGCGGGCCCUUGUUGGGCACGAAUGUCUUCCCGGCCAGCGAGAAGCCGUACUACGUCAAGGGGUCGUGGAUUUCGACCGCCUUCUGCCUUGUUGUCACGGUGGUCUCGGCAGGCCUGAGCUUCUCGCUCUGGCGGGAGAACAAGAAGUUGGACAGGAUCUUCAACGAGAACCAGGAUGAAGACGUGCCAGCUUCUGCCAGAGGGCAGAGAGGAUUCAGAUAUAUCAUUUAA